AUUUGUAUUUUGCGUGAAGCCACAAAAGAACAUCUAAUAUGUUAAUUUAAUAUUGCUUUUAAAAAAAAACUAAAAUAUUUGGUUGUCUAUAGACAAAUGUUCUAGAGAGAGGCCGUAACUACACGGCUUACAAAUAACGUACUUCCCAUUGAACGUCCAGUAGUAUUUUUGUAAUAUAAAAGAUACGUGUUACAUUGUGUUAAAUAGUAUCAAUCAGAACAAAAAAGGAAAAGCUUUCGCAAUAAUGUUUCCAUUAUCGCGCGAUUGUACUAAAAUAACUAUUUCGGACUUCAAAAGCUAACCAUACUACUCAUGACCACUUCAAUACCAAUCGAAAAGAUAAUAUACCAUCGAUUAGAUCAGCAACACGAAAGCGCAGCCAUUCGCUUGGUCAGGAUGUUACGAAUUUGUGGAGUUUUUGUUGGAUUAUUACUGAUUUUGCUCGUUAUCACCAGCAUAGAAACCCGGAGCUCAUCGGAUACUUAUGCAGCAUUUCUAGCCGAUAUUGACAGCAAUAGUCUUGAAAACAACGCUGUUUCUUACAAUGACCCUCCUCCUCACACAGAAUAUGCCAAAAUGGCGCGUUAUCUGGUACAUAAAGCAGAAUGGGUAUCUAUGGGUUCUCUCUCCACAGUAGAAGCCAUAAAAGGUUAUCCAAUGGUGAAUAUUAUUGCCGCAGCGGACAGUGCUCGGGGCGAGAAAUCGACAGGAACAUUAUUUUUUUAUCUGACUAUGCUCGACUACACUGCUCAGGAUCUGAGCAAGGACAAUCGACUCACUGUAUUGCUGUCGAUGGACCAAGAUUUGGACUGCAGUAAAAGAGGUGUAGACCCAAUGGAACCCACGUGUGCUCGAAUCAUGAUCUCAGGACGAGCUCUUAAGGUCCAAGAAGAAACGGAAGAAUUCACCUUCGGAACCAACGCCAUGUUCAGUAGGCAUCCGGCUGCGAAACAUUGGUUAGAUACACAUAACUUCUUCCUCUGUAAAUUGGAUAUAGUUCAAAUCGCAGUAUUAGAUUACUAUGGAGGACCUCACUACGUUACAGUCGAAGAAUAUAAGAAUGCUGAUCCAGAUAGUACUUCCUUACUAUGGAAAUCAACCGGAAACAGUCCACAACAAACAGGGCAACAUGCGUCACCUUCUGACGAAAAAACUGUAACCCUUAAAAUUAAAAAGGAUUCACCAAUCCGGCAUAUAAACAUAGAAAUAUGAACUUUGCUCUUAGCAUAACUUCGCUAUCUAUCUACUAGGAAAAAAAGGGAAGUAGCACCAUGCUUGAGAAAGUACGCUAUGUUUACAUAUGUUAUCUGUGCCAAAAAUUGAGGAUAUCGCAUCGUUUACUCCUAUUAACACUGGACUGAUUCUAAAUGUGAUAAACCACUGUUUCAAUAAAAUAAGUUAUAAAAAUCA